UCUUGAAUCGUGAGUUGCAUAAGACAAUAUGUCAUCAAAACGCUUUUAGUGAACGGUACACGUUGGGUUUUAUUUUAGUAUGUUUAUAACAUUUCGUUCCAAAAGUUUCAAAUAACUGGCCUUUUGAAGCAAUGACGUACAAGUUAUGUUCACGAGGAGUCAGCUCCUUGUUAACUCGGGCAACUCUGAGACUUUCACAUCCCCAGUUGUCGUCGCGGUACUCGUUUGGAGCAAAACAACUACUGCUGAGUCACAAUGCAAGGAACUCUUGGUUACUUGGAAGAAUUCUGAAUUUUGAUCCACCAAAGGGAUUUGAAAAAUUUUAUCCAAAUGCUUCAAAGAAGACUUCAAAUAAAGGUUCCAGUGAGGAAAAGAACUCCAACGUGAACAAGAAGGAAGCAUCAGGGGGUGAUGAUGGAGGGGGCGUAGGAGGAGGAGGGAGCAGUGGCAAACCACCUGGCGAUGAUUGGUGGAAGAACCUGUUUGAAAAUAAUCCACAGGCCUUGAUUGGUGGUGCAGUAGCUGCAGUCUUAGCAUUGCUGUUCCUGAUGUCUGAGAGGGACACCAGAGAAAUCAACUGGCAAGAGUUCAGAACAAAAUAUCUUGAAAGGGGAGAGGUGGAAAAACUUGUGGUGUCAAACCAAAGUCUUGUGAAAGUUUUUCUGAAGAAUGACCCCAAUAAGGUAGAGUUUGUACUAGUCUUUCAGGGUUUUGAUGAAGAAAUUAAGGUGGCUCACUGUCAUUUGUGUCAGCUGUUUGCAGGUCCCAUGGCAAGGAAGGAGAUCAUUAAGGCAGCUCCAUCACUUCUGAUCAUUGGUGUCAUAAUUUACUUCAGUAGGAAACUUUCCAGUGGCAGCAGAGGACAGGGGGGUAUAUUUGGUGUUGGGCAGUCAAAAGCAAAACUCUACAAUAAAGAAACAAGUGUCAAAGUCAGAUUCAAGGAUGUUGCAGGAUGUGAGGAAGCUAAGCUGGAAAUUAUGGAAUUUGUGAAUUUCCUUAAAAAUCCUCAACAGUAUCAUGAGCUGGGUGCCAGAAUACCUAAGGGCGCUAUAUUAUCAGGGCCACCAGGUACAGGCAAAACUCUGUUAGCCAAGGCAGUGGCUGGAGAGGCCAGAGUUCCUUUUCUCAGUAUUUCAGGAUCAGAGUUUUUGGAAAUGUUUGUAGGAGUUGGGCCAGCCAGAGUAAGAGAUCUGUUCACCCAAGCCAGAAAGAAUGCACCCUGUAUAAUAUUUAUUGAUGAGAUUGAUGCUGUGGGCCGUGCUCGCGGCCGGGGAGGUCACAUUGGUGGGCACGACGAACGGGAGAACACCCUUAAUCAACUUCUAGUGGAAAUGGAUGGUUUCAGUUCAUCAACAAAUGUAGUGGUACUAUCUGGUACCAACAGACCUGAUAUCCUCGAUCCUGCUCUGCUAAGACCUGGCCGGUUUGACAGACAGAUUCAUCUGCCGCCACCGGAUAUCAAGGGAAGAUGUUCUAUUUUCAAAGUGCACUUGAAGCCUCUGAAGACAGAGCUGAAUCUCGAUCAAGUUGCACGAAAAAUGGCGGCUCUCACUCCAGGAUUUACAGGAGCUGACAUUGCAAAUGUUUGUAACGAGGCUGCCCUCAUUGCUGCGAGGCAUCUUAUGCCAAAGGUGGAGUUGACGCAUUUUGAACAAGCCAUUGAGCGCGUUAUUGGAGGUCUGGAGAAAAAAACUCAAGUUUUACAGCCGGAGGAAAAGAAAGUUGUGGCGUACCAUGAAGCGGGUCAUGCAGUGGCCGGAUGGUUUCUUGAACAUGCUGAUCCUCUUCUAAAGGUUUCAAUAAUUCCAAGAGGCAAGGGUCUCGGCUAUGCGCAGUAUCUCCCCAAGGAACAAUACCUUUACUCUACCGAACAGCUGUUAGACCGCAUGUGUAUGACUUUGGGAGGAAGGGUUUCCGAACAGAUUUUCUUUGGACGGAUCACUACCGGUGCGCAGGACGAUCUCAGUAAAGUUACCAAGAGUGCUUAUGCGCAGGUUGUGACCUUUGGAAUGAAUGAAAAGGUUGGAAACGUGUCUUUUGAUUUACCUCGCGAGGGAGAACCCACUUUUGAUAAACCCUACAGCGAAGCGACUGCACAGCUCAUAGACGAACAAGCCAGAGAAGUCAUCAACAAAGCGUACGAAAGAACAUUUCAUCUGCUCACCAGACACAAGAAAGAUGUAGAAAAGAUUGCCUUACGACUCUUGGAAAAAGAAGUUCUUGAUAGAGAGGACAUGAUUGACCUUCUGGGUCGCAGACCCUUCAAAGAAAAGUCGACUUAUGAAGAAUUCGUCGAGGGAACUGGUAGCGAAGUCGAAGAUACUAGUCUCCCCAAAGGUUUAGAAGGACUGCAGGAGAAUGGAGACGAAGAGGGAACCCCUUCAACUACCUUACCCACUUAGUGGCACGAAGGAGGAGAAGAACUUGUUGGAGAGGGCUGAAGUAGCAUAGAUAUUUCGAGCGACAGCUGCGUUAACUUUUAAUCAUGAACAAACCAAAACGGAUUUGUAUCUAUCCUUGAUGUUUGAAUUCUGUUCAUAAGGAGUGAAGAUGUAUUUCAGUUAAAUAAGCUAUGGACAUCGUCACUAAGGUUAAUUGCCAACUUUGUAAAUUUUUGAGAAAUAAAACGAUAUGAAAUGUUGCCUAGUCGA